AUGACUUCAGCACGUCCACUUCUCUACGUCGCCCUCGGCCUACUCAUGGUCGUGUCUAUCAUCGAACUCUCCUUCAUCUCUAGCAUGGUCGGUUGGCUACACCGUACCGCGAGCGGAACUUUCUCUUUCGAAUGGCAGGGCACAGAGCACCAGCUAAAAGGCGAACCGGCAAACUUGAUUGUCGACCAAGGCCAUACAAGCAACGGAGCCGCAGGAACAGCAUUCAUCCCUAUCGGCUGCGGAGGUAUUCUUGCUCUCUGGCUCCGAAACAGACACAACCCUGGAAAAUUCAGUCGGUUCUUUUACAACUUUUGGCUCGUUUGGAAUGUCCUCAGUCUACUUCUCGUUCUUUCAGCUCUUAUCUACACCUUUGUCGUUACAACCGAACACAACGGACAGAGCAUCAUCCCCAGCGUUGCAGCCAAGCUUAACGAUGGUCAAAAAUACCCUCUUGAGUCGUGGACGCCGCAGAAUUGGUUCUCGGCUCUUCUCGACCUUGACCUCACCAACUCGAACGAGAGGAACGACAUUGAACAUCACCUGCGACUCAUGAAGGGCUGGCAGUACAACCUCAUUCCCUUCUUCAUCAUUCACCUCGUCGAGACUGGUCUUGCGCUUUGGGACGCUAUGCAGCGACGACAUGAGUUUAACCCAUCUUAUUCACCAGCCAAGCGCGAUUACGGGUCUGCUUGA